AUGCGAUGUUGUGCUCAUAUUUUGAAUUUGAUUGUUAAACGUGGCUUGUCGGAGAUUGAGGAUUGCAUUGAAAAUGUUAGAAACAGUGUUUCAUUUUGGACUGCGUCACCUAAACGAGAGCAAACUUUUAGAGAGGCCGCACGUCAAUUGCAUAUCACAAGUACUAAACAAUUAGUACUUGACUGCAAGACUAGAUGGAACUCCAUAUAUUUGAUGCUUACUGUUGCUAUUGGUUAUAAGGAUGUCUUCACUCGCUUGAAAAAGAAAGAGUCUCUUUAUAAAUGUUUGCCUAGUGAGAGUGAUUGGGAUUUGGCAAAAAUUAUUUGUGAAAAAUUGAAGAUCUUUCAUAACGCCACUGAGAUGUUUUCUGGGAAAAAAUAUCCAACUGCAAAUAUGUUUUUUCCAAUAUUUGAUAAAUAUUGGAAUGUUGUCCAUGAUGUCAUGAGUGUGGCUACUGUGUUGGAUCCUAGAUACAAGUUGAAGUUAAUGGAAUAUUAUUUUCCUAAGUUUUACAAAGAAUCAGCUUCAGAAGAGAUUUCUAGGAUUCGAACCCUUUGUUAUGAUUUGUUUUAUGAGUAUCACAGUAGAUAUAUGAAAGACAAAGAAGAUCAUAAUCAUGGGCUUGGUGAAUCUUCAUCCUCAUUUAAUAAGGUCAGAGACUCUGGCAAAUCUUCUUGGAGUGAUCCUGGUUUUGAAGCUUUUAUUUCACAAAAUGAGGAUGAACUUGGAAGAAAUGAGUUGGAUAAUUACUUGAGUGAGAAAAACUUGCCCCUUAUGAAUGACUUCAGAGUCAGCUUUCAGCAUGGGAGGAAGAGUGGUGAGUAA